AUGCAUCAGCGUGUUCAGGUUGCCGUUCGUGUACGGCGUACCCCUUCCGGGACAGCGGAUUGCCUUGUUUCGAAUGAGGAACGAGGGUUUAUUUCAGUUCGCGGUACGGAAGUCUACGCGGCUGCCAACACGAGACGCUACCGCUUCGAUGCGUUGUUAGGCCAAGAACUCUCGAACAGGGCGAUUUUCGAACAAUUACUUUUAUCCCAGUUAAAUUCCGCCACGAUUGAACACCCGGAAACACGAUGUUUUUUAGCUUAUGGCCACACCAACAGCGGCAAGACCCACACCAUUGCUGGAAGUGAUGGUGAAGCCGGUGUGAUGACGCUCUGCGUGGAGGAAUUAAUUAGGAAGAGUGGCAUCGUGGAGGUCUCGAUGGUGGAGGUGUACAUGGAGGCGGUGUAUGAUUUGCUAGAGGAGGGAAAAGUACGACAAAUCCGGCGACACCACGGGCCCCAUGGGCCGAUUAUUCUCGUGGAGAAUCUCUUCACCCGCACCGUAAUUUCCCGCGCGCAGUGGGAGGAGGUGGCGGAAUAUGGCAUGCGCUCCAGGCGUACUGCGGCCACGGACCGUAACCCUCGCAGCAGUCGCAGCCACGCCGUUUUCACCCUUAAAAGCAAGGCGGUGCGGGUUUGCUUUGUCGACUUGGCGGGAAGCGAGCGGCAAACCCUCUUUUCCCCACAGCUUAACAAGGAAAGUAUUAGCAUUAACAAAUCGCUAUCGCGCCUGAGUACGGUUCUGGAGGGGCUGAGCAUGCAGCACAUGAAGGAAGACCGCGGCCAAUCCUAUGUGAAUUUCAGGGAUACCGUGCUUACCGUACUACUACAGCGCUAUCUAUGCGGGUCAUCGCGGACGACCUUCCUGGCCUGCGUGCACCCUUCCCCCGACUUCUACAGCGAGACGCUGAGCACGCUGCGGUAUUCGCAACGCCUAAAGCGGAUCCGGACUUUUAUCCCGCAGCCCGGUGGGCCGGGUGAUGUGAGCGCUAUCGCUCCAAACGAGCACCAGGACCUCAUCGAGGAGUUAAUGCGAUUGCGUGGGCAAGUCCAAGAGGAGCGGGACAACACAAAACGGAUCGUCCAGACCCACCUUCACCGCAUUGCCGCAUUGGAGAAGAAACUUAAACAGCAAAUUUGUACUAGUCCCGUGUUAUUGAAUGACAACUCGGGGCAUCCGAUCAUGGGUGCCGAUAAUCUUAGCCGGGAUCAAGUUUUGAAGGCGAAAGAUGCCAAACGGGUAAUGGGGUGGCUGAUUAGCCGUAUCUUAGGAAGCUUACCGCGGAUUAUCGUGGGUUACGAUGAGUACUUUGAUGCUUUUUUUCCUCCGAAGAUUCAAGUGAUUGGGUAUCUGUCCAUCAUGGCGUGUUUGGCUCCUCGGGCACUGGGUGAUAACUCUCUAGUAUUUCUCGAUGUGUGCGACCUCUCAAUGGGUCUGUCAAUGGUAGAUGCAAGCAUUCCACCCUUUGUGCGUUUGCAUCGGGUACCCUGUCGGCAUUGUGCCGCAUGGGAUGGACAAGAAUUGGAUGAGCAAGGCCAUAUGCUUUAUAUUCUCGCGUUCUUUGAGAUCAAUGAGGAGGUCAUGAAGGUGAUCUCCGAGAAGGAUGAUCAGCUGAAAUGCUGUGGUGGCUACUUAUCCUCAGAGUCACUGUUGCCCGUUGCGGUCGUCUUGUGCGUAGCGACCUCUUCACCCUCACACGUGAAGGAGGCAGUGCUCCAGUGGCUUAUUACCUUGCAAAAGGAGCAAGAGGAGGCGGUAUGGCGUCGUGAGAGUACUUGUAGAAGUACCAGAGAUAAAGGCAUCCAACUUAAUAGCAGUUUCUUAGGUCACUCAGAAAAUAGGGACAAUGCUAACGCCAAGGUCGAUACAACCAACGUCAACAUCCUCAUGAGUCCCCAACCCAAGUCUCAGGACACUCAUCAUGCUAAAUAUUACGACAGUAGUAGUGUGUCCGGCAUUUUUUCAAACGAAAUACUAGAUCGGGAAGGUGAUAUGUCGAGGCCAGAGCACACAUUCGAAACGAAUGCACCUUCCCCCUUGAAAUCAUCAAACACGGCCACAUCCGAGAGUUCCGUCAAUAGUGGCAAUGGGACCAAACUUGCGUCACUCAUACCGAAUGGUGGUAUGCCCACAAAAAUUAAACUUGUUGGUUCUUCGGAUCCCAAAGCAAUGAAUCAAGAACCUUUGAGCAAUAAUAUCUCUCGGCAGUGCAGUCUUAAUAUACAAGCCAGUUCAGCAACGACUGUGAAUGAGACGCAUAUGCCCUCUAUAGAAGCUAUGAAUGAUAUUAUCAAACAGAAAACAACAAACUGGAGGACCUCCAGCCACGCUACUCCUUUGUGUGGCUCCAAUAAACACCCAAAAAAAAAAACGAUGACUUUUCCCAUCGCCACAAAAGCGCUGUAA